UUUUUAAUCCUAUAAUCCUCCCUUCUUAUCACAUUCACUGCUAGUCCAGCAAUUGCCCCGCCAUCUCCGCCUAGCAUCUCACCUGAUUUACUCCAAUCUCACCCUCAAUAUCAUCACUAUCACCACCACCACCAACACCACCACCACUAUCAUCACAAAACCAUGGACUCCGAAGCCAUCGGCAUCCUCUCCAUCGGCGAGAUGGGCUUCGGCAUCGCCCAGCUCCUCCGCGCCCACCAAUACCGCGUGCUAACCUACGCCUCAGACCGAAGCGAAUCGACGCAACGCCGCGCCUGGACCGCAGGCAUCGAACUGCGGCACUCGCUCCAAGACCUAAUCGACAACAGCGACGUGCUGCUCUCGAUCGUGCCGCCAGUCGAGGCCCUCCCGACAGCCGAGCGCAUCAUCGCCGCCGCAACAGCGCGCCACUUCGUGCGCGACGCACCGCUGCACAUCGUGGACCUGAACGCCGUAUCACCGACGACCGCACACGAGCUGGCGCGCCUGUACACCAACGCGGGCCCGCACCUCCGCAUCCUCUCGGGGGGCAUCAUUGGGGCGCCGCCGCGGCUCCUCUCCUUGCCUGAUCAGGAGCAGGAGCAGAACCAGCAACAACAAGAAAACCAACAAGAAGACCAGGAAGGAAAGAAAGGGAACGAAAGAUGGCACCGCCCAGCACUGGUCGUCUCCGGCCCCGAACCCCUACCCGACGCCCAACUAGCCACCGUGCUCAACCUCCGCCACGUGUCCCAGGAAAUCGGCAGGGCCGCCGCCCUGAAGAUGUGCUUCGCCGCGCUAACCAAGGGCUUCACGGCGCUGGCCAUCGAAUCCUACACCACGGCCGACGGAUUCGGCGUCCUCCCGGACCUGCGCGCCCUGCUGCACGAGUAUAACCCUGCGGCGCUGGGGAUGGCGGAGCGCGGGGUCGUGGGCAUGCCGUCUAGGGCGUAUCGGUGGGUGCAUGAGAUGCGCGAGAUCGGGCGCACGAUGGCUGAGGGGGGGUUUAAUGCUGACGUGUUCAAUGGCAUCGCUGAUGUUUAUCAGGCUGUGGCGGAGGAUCCGGUUCUCGGACGCGAGAAGCCUGACGAGAGGUUGCGGGGACAGACGGUCGAGGAUGUCGUGGAGUGUUUGCAGCAGAGUUUGAAGGUCAAGACUGAGUGAUUGGACGACACCUCCAUCGUGGCUUGG